UGUAAGCUUAAAUAGUACCCCGGGCAAGAAUAACGAUGUCAAGAUGAAGUAUGUGGACUCGAUAAAUCUGUUAUUAUUAAUAGCAAUCUUUUAUUCUACAUCAGCAAACAGUACUUGCUCAUUUGAUAACAAAAUAACACCCAAUGUGAUAGCAUUUGGAAGACCAAUUGGAUCAAUAAAGGUAACAUGGCCUUCAGUAAAUUCUUCUGGACGACCAGUCUCAUACAAAGUAUACUACAACAAGACCUCCAUGAUGAACCAUUGUCAAUAUCCCACCACUGAUGCAUUCUAUACUGCAAAACACUGUAGUCAGAACUCUACACGGAAAGGAAUUCAUCAUGAGUGUGAUUUGACUGAGGAUUACAAGAUGCUUAACAUGGAUAUGAGAACAGACAGCCUGUGCAUCCUGAUAAGCAUUAAUUCAGCAUCGUCAAAUGAAACUUGUUACAGUUUUUUCAAGGAGUAUGAUUCAUAUUCGACGGAACCUAUCUGUCCUGCCCCAGAGGAUCUUCAGGUGCAUUCAAGUAAGACAGGAAAGUUAACAGUAAAUUGGAAUGUGUCACCUAAAUUUGUUGGUGAUGCCACCUUAAAAGAAAUGUCAUUUAUUAUACAUGCUAAACCAGUAGGAAAAUCAACUAUGUGUACAGCAAUAGAGAACCUACAAGGGCACCUCAAGUGGAGAGUCAUGCUAUACAACAUGGAAACCUGUUGGUUAAAUGGAAGAUUCCUUCAAACAAUGUGUGUACUGACAAGAUCACAGCAUAUGAAAUUCAUUACUGGGAAAAACAGAAUGACAACUGUUCAAGCAUAAAAAGUGGCUCCAUCAAAAAAUAUAUUACCAAUAGAUCAAGUGAUAGAGAGGCGAACAUAACUGACUUAUCAUCCUUAUUAGUAGCACACUGCUUUUGUAUUAGAAUGUGCAAUCAUCCUGGCUGUGGCCCUUGGAGUAUGGUGUACUCAGUGGAAGAAUCAGAAUACACACUGAUAACUGCAAAGACAAGAGCUUCAAAAAAGGGCGUGCCUACAGAGACAGUUACGAUAGCUAUAACAGCUGCAAGCCUUGCUGUAAUAAUUAUGAUCUUGAUUUUAGUUUUGGUUGCCGUAAGGAGAAGAAAUAGAGCUGAUGCGCCAAGACGCCUCGAAGAAGUAGUGGGUGAUUUGGAAACAGCAUCAGACAUACUCGACUCUUCGCAAUCAACAACUGAGAUGGAACAAUUAAGUGAUUAUGCCACAGCAUAGAUUAGGGAUUAUGACAGGUUAGAGAUGCUGUGACAUUACACCACAAUUAUUUUUGUAUUUAUAAUCAUCAUUCAUUGAUACUUAUCCACUUCGUUAAUAUCAGCGCUAGGCUAGGUUUGGUAGAUUAAGGCCCCGUCCACACGUAUCCGCAAAUUUUUUUUUACGGAUACGGGUUGCGUCCACAUGUGUCCGCAAAUUUUUGUAUCCGUACACAAAAAACGGAUACGUGUGGACGGUGAAAACGAUUCGAAUACGCUGCGUGUGGACGCAAACAUUUUCGUAUCCGCAAAAAAUAACUUGCGGAUACAAAAAUUUCCGGAUACGUGUGGACGAGGCCUAAUAUUUAGUUUGAAAAAUUCAGGGGAGGCACAUUGUAGGUAGGUUUGUAUUUAACAAUUAUUCGUUGAAGGUGAAGUGAUUAUCGGGGAAUAAUAACCGAAAAGAAGUUGAGGUUAUUAUUCCCGAUAUUC